GCAGUUGUCAUGGUGACAGCUGGGGCAUAUGGAGGCUGUCUGAGCCUCGAGUAAAAUGCUAGUGUAGAGUGUUGGUGUGUGUACCUGACUGUAUAUAGCCCUGUGUGUGUAUGUUUGUGGCUUGGUUCUCACGGAAGAUUUUCUGAGUCAACCAGGGUCACAGGACACUGUGUGUGUGUGUGUGUGUGUGUGUGUCUGUGAGUAACAAGGUGAAUGGGAGCAGACAGUCUGGGCGGUGUGAGAAUUGAGGGCAUAUGCAUGGCUUAAAACCUCUGGAAGAAGGCGGAUGCUUAGUGCAUGCAUGCAUGUGUGUGUGUGCAGGUGUCUGUGUUUGUUUAUAUGUGACCGUGUGUAUGGACGUAAGCCGCUCGUAUGGGGAAUAUUAACUGGCCACGCCAACCGUUACCAGGAGAACCUGAGGUAACGGAUGGCCCUAUCCGUGAGGAGUCGGACAAGAAGAUUGAGGGGCCGCGCUCGCACCUCUCCUCCCUCAAGCUGUCCACCCUGAAGCUCAUGGACAAGUUCCACUCGCCCAAGAUCAAGCGCACGCCCUCCACCAAAGGCAAACCGCCUUCCCCAGAACCUCCGGCACCUGCCCCAGAGAAACCCGUCAACAAGAAGGUGUCCCGUCUGGAGGAGCAGGAGAAGGAUGUGGUGAGUGCGCUACGCUACUUCAAGGCUAUCGUGGACAAGAUGGCCGUCGACGCCAAAGUCUUGGAGAUGCUCCCUGGCUCGGCCAGCAAAGUCCUGGAGGCCAUCUUACCCCUGGUGCAGGGAGACAUCCGUUCACACAACAGCUCUGCCCUGUCCUCCUGUCAUAACCGCGUGUAUCAGAGUCUUGCUAACCUUGUGCGCUGGGCCGACGAUGUCAUGCUGAAGGGGAUUGACUUGAGCGACAAGGAGACCGUGUCCACGGUCACCACGAUGAUUAAAGCUGUGCUGGAUGGUGUGAAGGAGUUGGUCAAACUCACCAUUGAGAAACAGGAACAGCCUUCACCCACAUCCCUUAAACCUCCAGUGGCCAAAGCAGAGAGUGUGUGUGCACCUCUGCCAGAGCGGGACAUGACUCUGACAAAGACCACGCCUGUGACCACGCCCUCUGAGAUUUUGACGGACAUGUCGGAAGAGGAGGCUCCGCCCAAGCCACCCCUUCCAGGUCCUAAACUGGCUGAGCACAGUAUCCCGAUUCUCCCCCCUAAGAAGCGUCAGUCUGUGCCCUCGGCCACACUCAUCGCCGUGGUAGCGCCCAUGAGCCGAGCGGCCAGUGGGAGGAGCCUACCGCCCGGAGCCUUCAAACAGUUACAACAGCAGGACCAGGAGGCCGAGCUUCUGCAGAGACGGUUAUCGGCAGACAGCCAAUCGUACAGCAGCGACUCCCCGUGCCUGUCGUCCUGCGGCAUCAUGGGUAAACUGAGCCAGUCGGACGAGCAGCUGUCAGCACCGGAGAGGGACAGUGGGCAGUGCUCCCGAAACACCAGCUGUGAAACACUGGAUGGUUACGAUCCUGACUACGACUUCCUGCAUCAGGACCUGUCCGUGUUGGAGUCCCUCCCUCCUCUGCCCUUCCCCGUGCCGGGGGGGUCCCUGAGCCCCCUCCCUGAGUGUCUGAGCGAGUGCGGCUCCCCCCCUCCCGGUCCCCCGCCCCUCCCGCCCCUGCGCUCCUGCCCCCCGCCGACCCUCCCACAGAAGAAGCGCCGCAGCGUGCCAAUCAUCUCCACCCAGGGCCUGUACCUCUCGCACCAGCUCUGCCUUAGCCAAUCGGAGGAGUGGGACGAGCCAGAUCGGCCGCCCACGCCCCCCUUCCCCCUGCUCACGCCCCUCUCGCCCAUGCCCCUCCUCAACGGGGGCGUGUUCACCAGUCAGUACUCGCACGUGCACACACCGGGGGGCACGUACAUCGACAGCCCCCCACCCCUCCCAGAGAAGAAGAGCCGGACGAUCAUGCAGUACAUGCAGUUUAUGGAGGACUACUCGGAGCCGCAGCCGUCCGUCUUCUACCAGACGCCCCAGAGCGAGAGCAUCUACGAGCACCGCCAGCGCCGCCUGCAGGAAGUAUGCGGCCUGGGCGAGAGCUUCGCCGGCGAGCAGACACACUCGCUCACACACACGCGCCCCCCUCCACCCGCCCUGCCUCCCAAACAGAGGCAAAUGAGUGAAAGUGCAAUUGAUGAGGGAGGAGAGGGGGAAUACGUUAACCUGUACUCCAAUGGAAACAACACACCCCACUCGGCUCCAGUGAGCCUAACAGACGAUGUGCUUCAGAGUCCCAGCCCAAGAUUGUCCUCAUCAAGUAGCAGAGGGACACUGACCAAAGAGAGGGCUAUGGACUUGGAGGAUGUUGAUGAGCUCUCCCUUAUUGACCACAAAGACAUCAUGAGCCUCAUCACACACAAACAAGAGAGGGAUGAUGGGCCUGAUGUAAGGGCUGGCUCCGUGGACAUUUUGUUAGUCCAUGCCACAGAGACCGACCGCAAAGAUCUGGUGGUGUACUGUGAGGCGUUUCUGACCACAUACAGAACCUUCAUCGCGCCAGAGGAACUCAUCAAAAAACUACACUACAGAUAUACCCGCUUCUGCCACAGUCCUGACACCUUUAAGAAGCGAGUCAGCAAGAACACGUUCUUCGUGCUGGUGCGCGUCGUAGACGAGCUGUGUCAUGUGGAGCUGACGGAGGACAUCCUGUGUCAGCUGAUGGAGCUGGUCUUCCAGCUGUUGUGUAACGGCGAGCUGAGCCUGGCCCGCGUGCUGCGCUCCAACAUCCUGGAGAAGGUGGACCAGAAGAGGCUGCAGAGGCACAUCCUCUCGCACCCACCGCUGUCUGCGCGCAUGGUCUCCGCCAGGCCAGGCACUCUCCAUGAUUUCCGAAGUCAUGAGGUUGCUGAUCAGCUCACGCUUCUGGAUGCAGAGCUCUUCUAUAAGAUUGAGAUCCCCGAGGUUCUUCUUUGGGCAAAGGAACAGAAUGAGGAGAAGAGCCCAAACCUGACACAGUUUACAGAGCACUUCAACAACAUGAGCUACUGGGUGCGCUCCGUCAUUAUACAGCAGGAGAGAGCCCAGGACAGAGAGAAACUGCUGCUGAAAUUCAUCAAGAUCAUGAAGCACUUACGAAAGUUGAAUAACUUCAACUCGUACUUGGCCAUCCUGUCGGCUCUGGACUCUGCACCAAUCAGACGUCUCGAAUGGCAGAAGCAGACCUCUGAGGGAUUGGAAGAGUAUUGCACAUUGAUUGACAGCUCGUCAUCAUUUCGAGCGUACCGUGCAGCUCUGGCUGAUGUGGAGCCUCCCUGCAUUCCCUAUCUUGGGCUGAUUCUCCAGGACCUGACCUUUGUUCACCUGGGCAACCCCGACCUGGUCGAGGGGAAGGUCAACUUCUCAAAGCGCUGGCAGCAAUUCAACAUUCUGGACAGCAUGAGACGCUUCCAGCAAGUUCAUUACGAGCUGAAGCGGAACGAUGACAUCAUCUCGUUCUUCAACGAAUUCACGGACCACCUGGCGGAGGAGGCGUUAUGGGAGCUCUCGCUCAAAAUCAAGCCCCGCAGCAAGAAGAUCCGCGAGGAGAAGACGACCUAGAACUCUGGGACUGGAACCCUAGAACACCCCCCCCCCCCCCCCCCACACACAC